UUAUGGUGAACAUUAUAUUUUGAAGCAUCCCGGUACCACGCACGAGUGUACACUACCGUACACUGUUCUGCCCAAGAACUAAUGGCCUAAUGAAUUCUUGAUAAAUAAAACAAGAAGACAGGUUGGAUGCGUAAAGAGAGAGAAGUUCCCGUCAAUUUGUGAUGGCAACUGCAGCGGUAAAUCGCUGACCGCAUUUUUGUGAAGUUUAUCGGCUGAAAAUGUAAUCCACAGGUUUUAGCAAACGACGUCAGGGCGUCACACACGAGUUUGCGGGAGUUGAGUACAUCAAGCUAGACUGGCGAACUUCCCGAUCUUUCGCGACGUGCGGUCUCGCUUGCCGAUUCUGCGAUUUUGAACUGAAUUUUUUAAAGUUAAACAACGCGAUUAUGGCCUGUAAAGAGGCUCAAGAGGAAGAGAAAGAAGUUCUGCUGUCCAUAUAUGAUGGAGACGAAUGCUUCAAACAGAUAGAGAAUUGCUAUCAAUACAGGAUAGGUACAGAGGGUCAUUACAAAUCCUUUCUGUUGGAAAUAAGAUGGGGAGACAAUUACCCUGACGAAAUGCCUGAUAUCAACUUGGACGCCUUCUACAACCACCACCUACAGUCCGGUGUGCGCUGCAGUGUGGUUGAAAAGAUCAAAGCUGAGGCAGAGCAAUGGUUGGGUAGUGCAAUGACGUAUACUCUCUUUGAAUGGGCCAAAGAGAAUGCGGACGACCUCAUGUCUGAACAGACAGAGGAGCCGCCAGAAAUUAAGGAAGACAAAAAGAGUACACCAGAAUCAGUUGCAGCAUCUAAGACAAAAGAAAAAAAGGAAAUAUUGACCAAAGCACAGAAACGGAAGCUGGCAAACAGAACAGAUUACAAAGGAGAGAUGCCACGAGGUUGGAAUUGGGUGGACGUUGUGAAGCAUCUCAGCAAAACCGGACAGGGCAAACAGCAGAGCACGAACAGCUGACCACAGCGAGCAAAAGCUGGAAUCACUGAGAUUUGGUGCCGGAGGACUCCUUUGUUUUUUUUUUUUUUAGGGGGAGGGGUUUGGGAUGGGAGGGCGGCUAGACUUCCUCAUCAUUUACAAAGUCACUGGAUCGGAGCUGCAUUAUUACCCAGUACAGUAUCGUCUUUGAUCUUGAAAAAAUGCCGUGGAAAUACAAUCAGUGAGACUGUCUGGGGCUAUCAGCAGCUCGCCAGACUAAGCUUCCUGUGAAGUCUGCGAUCAAUUCCAAAUUGGUAUUAAAUGAGACUUUAAACACUAUUGUUAAAAAUGAACUUAGUUCAAUUUGCAAUUUCCAAAAUUGAAUCUGGAUUUUGAAAAAAAUCAAACAUUUUGUUCCAGGAAAGAUUGGACUCUCACAUUUUAGAUUGAAAACUACAUAGAUCAAGUUUCUUCUCUGUCUCUUGGACACAAGUCGCCCAGGUCUCAAUUAAAAUUUCUUUAUUUUUUCAACUCAGAAAGAAAAAGCAUUUUUUUGAGGUUCAUCAUCAAGUGUAUUUAUUUUGAGGAAGGAAAAUGUGUACAUUAAAUAUAUCCGUCUAUGAAACACAAAAUA